AACGCUGUCAACGAUGCAAAUGUUGGAAUGAUCCCUUGAAAUACUGUACUGGAUGUCAUGAAGUAAAAUAUUGCAGUAAAUAUUGUCAAAAAACUGAUUGGCCCUUUCAUAAGGAGAAUUGCAAUUCUGCAGAAAUGCCUUCCCCAACUGGAUCAAGAAAGGGUUCGACUUUUCCUAUACCAGAAAGCGUUAAUCAAGAGAUUGCCAGAAUGUUUCCUUUUCAAAGAAUUCUCACCAGAUUUGAUGAAGUGACUGCUGUAGAUAAAUUGCCUUUAACACACUCACCUAAAGAAGAGAGAUUCAUUGCUUACAUCUUCAAGAAGGGCGAGCACUCGUUUAGGCUACAUCAUGAAAUCAGAGAUGUCAUUGGAGAAAUUAGACAUGUGAUGUUUUAUCUCACUGAAUUCAUUUCGCAACCAUAUUUUAGAUGGAACCAAUUAAAAGUUGGUAAUUAUAUUGUUAUAAUUAAACCACAAAUCCAUUAUUUCAUUGAUGGACGUGUUGGUUUUAGAGUAGACUCUCUGAAGGAGAUCAGGUUUAUUGAUAACAAUUCACAUUGAUUUUUUUUUUUUACAAAGCUAAGAAAUGAACUGAAGUUAUAAGUAAAUAAAUAAAACACAGCACUAAAUAUCUAAAUAAAUAAACUAUCUAGGUUAAUAUUUACAUUGGACAGAUAGGUGUCUUCACCUUGUUUCUUGUUACCACAAUAUUUCACCUGGUGUACUCUCCAGCCUUCAUCAGGUGUUCUGGUAGAAUUUCAAACCCAACCCUUAUUUGGCUACUCUGUUUUCAUUCCU